AUGGGCAUUGGCUAUCUGCUGCAAAAUGCAGACGUGGCCUCAGCUCACAUCCCGGAACAAGGCGUUUGGCCGAGUGUCCGGCACUGGCAGCAAAGAUCAAGUUUCGAGGCAGGUGCACCAAGUCCCAAAACGGGAUUGAAGCAGGUGGAGAAGGUCUCCCAGAAUGUUGGAUGUGCUCCCGGAUUUCGGUGCAUGUCCAAGAUCAGUGAGUUUGGCAUGGAGCACAAUGGUGAGUACAAGCGCGUCUACACGCCAAUACUGCCUCCCAGAUUCGAGCAACGGGAUGUCUGGGAGUGGGGUUGCCCAGCAAGAGGCGACAUGACCCCCGCAGGGAAAUGCCAGCCACCAAAGCCAGGAGAGGAAGGCCAAGCAGGAAUGUGCUGGUCUCAGAAUGCCAUGCUGGCCGGUCCGAAGACUCCAUGUGGAUCCAGCGGCGACAAGUGCAUGUGCGUGAAGCCCGCCACCUCUGAUGGGGCAAUUGGAUACGGGAACAAGAGCAAGGAAAUCCUUCCGGAGUUCACCGAGGGCGACUCGGGUGAUGCUGGAGGAGUGGAGGUGGUCAUGGGCAACUUUCAGGUCCAGCCGCUUCCGCAUUGUGAUGACUGCUUAGGGCUCAGCAGCAACUGGGAACAGUGUUCUGAAUGUGCCAACUGCUCCUAUGGCACGAAAGUCUUGGAUGGGCGACCGACCCUUGCUUGCUACGACAAGGACUUUCAGCCUCCGGGGCAACCUGUUGAAGCUGAGACGCCUCCAAAGGCUGGCGAGGAGUACCGCAAGCGGAAUUUCGUUCUGCUGCAAGGCAAGCGUGCGGAGGAGCAGGACUUGUGGAUCAUCCCACAGUAUCCACUGUGGGAUCCGGAACCUGAAGGCUUGGGAGACGAUGCAAGCGGCGGACAAGUCUUUCCGUUCCAGAUAAACGCCGAGCCUUUGUCCAACGAGGCGUGGGUCAAGGCCUACAAGGUUGCCGCUCCAAAAAUCCAGCAGCUUGGCCCAUCAUUCUGCCGCAUGUUCGAUAUCGUUUCAAUGGGACAGCAGUGCAGCGUGGCGAUGUCACCUUAG